AUGGCGUUCCAGAAGAUCAAGGUCAAGAACCCCGUCGUCGAGCUCGACGGCGACGAGAUGACCCGUGUCAUCUGGCAGGACAUCAAGGACAAGUUCAUCACCCCUUACCUCGACAUCGACCUCAAGUACUACGACCUCGGCCUCGAGUACCGUGACCAGACCGAUGACCAGGUCACCAUCGAUGCCGCCGAGGCCAUCAAGAAGUACUCGGUCGGCGUCAAGUGCGCCACCAUCACUCCCGACGAGGCCCGUGUCGAGGAGUUCAAGCUCAAGAAGAUGUGGCUGUCGCCCAACGGUACUAUCCGCAACGCGCUCGGUGGCACCGUUUUCCGUGAGCCUAUCGUCAUUCCUCGCGUGCCCCGCCUCGUGCAGGGCUGGAAGAAGCCCAUCAUCAUCGGCCGCCACGCCUUUGGUGACCAGUACCGUGCCAAGGACGCUGUCCUCCCGGGCCCCGGCAAGCUCUCCAUGGUCUUCACCCCCGAGGGUGGCGAGCCCGAGGAGAUUGAGGUCUUCAACUUCAAGAACGGUGGUGGUGUUGCCCAGACCCAGUACAACACCGACGAGAGCAUAACUGGCUUUGCCCAUGCUUCCUUCAAGCUGGCCUUGGAGAAGGAGCUGCCCCUGUACAUGAGCACCAAGAACACCAUCCUCAAAAAGUACGACGGUCGCUUCAAGGACAUCUUCCAGGAGCUGUACGACACCGAGUACAAGGAAGCUUUCGAGGCCAAGAAGAUCUGGUAUGAGCACCGCCUUAUCGACGACAUGGUCGCUCAGAUGAUCAAGAGCUCCGGUGGCUACAUCAUGGCCCUGAAGAACUACGACGGUGACGUCCAGUCCGAUAUUGUCGCCCAGGGCUUUGGCUCUCUUGGCCUCAUGACCUCCGUCCUCAUCACCCCUGAUGGAAAGACCUUCGAGUCCGAGGCCGCCCACGGUACCGUCACCCGCCACUACCGUGAGCACCAGAAGGGUCGCGAGACCUCGACCAACCCUAUUGCCAGCAUCUUCGCCUGGACCCGUGGCCUUGUCCAGCGUGGCAAGCUCGACGAGACCCCCGAGCUGGUUGCGUUUGCCGAGAGCCUGGAGCAGGCCUGCAUUGACACUGUUGAUGUUGACGGCAUCAUGACCAAGGAUCUGGCUCUGGCUUGCGGUAAGACUGCUCGCGAGGACUAUGUCACCACCACCGAGUACAUGAACGCGGUUGAGAGACGGAUGAAGUCCAUCCUUAAGAACAAGCUGUAA